GUAAAAAAUACACAAUCGAAAAAAGAAAGGCAAAAAUUAUCCACGACAUUUGUUCUGCUUGGAGUAGGGUUUUCUCGAAGGAAAAGAUACAACAAUCUACUGGUGAAUAGUGAAACGCUGCCAACUACCGUGUUCCGAACCCUUUUUGCACGAUGGAGGAAGAUUGGGCAUUGGCAGAACAGAAGUCCGAGCAGCUGUUUGCCAAACCAGACGUGAACAAGUGGGCUGGCGAGGAUGAGGAUGAUGUAAAGGACAAUUGGGAAGAUGAUGAUGAAGAGGAAGAGAAGAAGGAUGAGCCUAAAGAAGAUACACCAACUAAAAAUGCCAAACCGAAAAAAACAACCCAACAGAAGAAACUUAAACAAGAGGAAUUGGAACGGCUUCAAAGAGAGGAAGAAGAGGAAGCUAAUCUAACACCGGAACAAAGGUUGGCCGAGAAACGGCGGUUGCAGAAGCUGCAGGAAGAGAACGACCUCAAAACGGCCAUGGAAACGCUAGGCAUCAGUCCCAUGUCAUCUGGCAACGGUAUCGAUGGAAUGCAUCCGACGACAAAGGAGGAGUUUAGCGAACUAGCGGAAGCGAUUAGCAAAAAGCUCUCCAACUACCGUGCUCAUACCGAGUAUCAGGGAUUUUUAGAAGAUCUGCUACUUAAACUAUUUGCCAGCUUAUCUUCAAAUAACAUCAGAAAAGCGAAAACUACUCUAGACAACUUGUACUUGGAAAAGCAGAAGGUCGAGAAAGGUGACAAACCAAAGAAGACCAAAGGCAUUAAAGUGAAAGCAAAACUGCGCGUCGAAGGAGAGAAUUCUACUUUGAACGAGUAUACCACCAAGUAUGAUGAUUACGAUGAUUACGAUGAUUUCAUGUAACGGUGCAUUUUGGUGCACCUGUCGAUUGGAACCCGCAGUAUCAAUGCACAUGUCGUCAUCAGAAGCACACCAUCGCCAUCAUCACCGCGGGUCUCGGAGGAAUAUCGUAGAAGAAGUUGAUCGCAAUCAUUGCAGCCCCGCCGGGUUGGAAAAGAGCAUAGGAGAAAUUGAUAUACACACUCACACAUACACAAAAUGGCAAUGCGCGGGAGUGUAGGGUAAGCAACAUUAUUUACAUUAGCUGUGUAUAUCCUCAGUGUUACUCGAUACAGUUUUGUUACAUUGCAUCUCGUUUUUGAUAACUGAUAAUAGCAUGACAGUCUCGGAAGGUAGGCGCGGCAGAGAAGAUACCCUAUAUAGGAUAGAAAAUGUACGCAAACUUUGGUUGCGCCAGAGAAAGAGUGGAGGGUUUUAAAAUACCGUACCGUACCGUUAAUAACCACCAGUCAGGAUUAAACUUACCUUCACGUUUGGCAAUUACUGUAGUAGCAUCGUUCUAGAGAAGAGAAUAAGGUUCCAUUCUUAGCAUACACAAUAAAUCUUCGAGAAUACUGCUGAAAUUAAGAGACGACCAAUUUGAUUGUAAAUAAAACGGGGGAGAUCGCACGCGACUA